AAAUCAAUUUGGCAGUUAUCUCGGGUAAUGGCUCAGCAAGUGUGAAGAGGUGGCGCAGCUCUCAAGAAACGAUCAUUUUUCUAGUCUUCUCACUAUACAUAUAGAUUGAAAUUGUAUCUAUACCCGGAGAGAGAGAGAAAGAGAAGGUGGCGUGCAGCAGAAAAUGGGGAGAGCGUUCGUGUACGUGAUAAUCGGAGGAGGCGUCGCAGCUGGCUACGCCGCCCAUGAAUUCGUCCAGGCAGGCGUCUCCUCCGGUGAACUCUGCAUCAUCUCCGAAGAGCCUGUUGCACCCUAUGAAAGGCCUGCAUUGAGCAAAGGUUACUUACUCCCUGAAGCUCCUGCACGCCUACCUUCAUUUCACUGUUGUGUAGGUACCAAUGGGGAAAGAUUGGCUCCAAAAUGGUACAAUGAAAAUGGUAUUGAGCUAAUUCUGGGAACUAGAGUUAAGUCUGCUGAUGUAAGACGGAAGACACUGCUUACUGCAACAGGAGAAACAAUUAGCUACAAGUAUCUCAUUGUUGCAACAGGUGCUCGGGUACUGAAGCUAUUCUGUUUUUAUAUCCUGGCCUUGAAGCUCGAAGAGUUUGGGGUAAAUACUUUAGAUGCACCUAAUGUGUGUUAUUUACGAGAUGUGGCUGAUGCGGACAGACUUGUAGAUGUGAUGCAAUCUCGCAGUGGUGGACAGGCUGUUGUUAUUGGUGGGGGCUAUAUUGGAAUGGAAUGUGCUGCAUCUUUGGUGAUAAACAACUUAAAUGUGACUAUGGUCUUUCCAGAGGCACAGUGUAUGGCCCGUUUAUUCACCCCCAAGAUUGCGGCUUUCUAUGAAGAAUUUUAUCAGUCCAAAGGGGUGAAGUUUGUCAAAGGAACUGUCUUGACAUCAUUCGAUUUUAACUCUGAUGGGAAGGUCUGCGCUGUUAAUCUUCGAGAUGGAAGCAAGCUUCCUGCAGAUAUGGUUGUGGUCGGGAUAGGGAUUCGACCAAACACAAGUCUGUUUGAAGGCCAAUUAACAAUGGAAAAAGGGGGAAUCAAGGUGAAUGGCAAAAUGCAAUCGAGCAACAGCUCAGUCUAUGCAAUUGGGGAUGUAGCUGCUUUUCCAGUCAAAAUAGUCGGUGAAACGCGCAGGCUCGAGCACGUUGACUCUUCACGGAGGGCAGCAAGGCACGUUGUUUCAGCCAUCAUCGUACCUGAAAAGACGGGCGAAUUUGACUAUCUACCCUUCUUCUACUCGAGGGUCUUCACUCUGUCCUGGCAGUUUUAUGGCGACAAUGCAGGCGAAGUUGUCCAUUUCGGAGACUUCAGUGGAAACACUUUUGGAGCGUACUGGAUGAACAAAGGCCAUUUGGUCGGAUCUUUCCUCGAGGGUGGAACGAAGGAACAGUACGAGGCGUUAGCCCAGGCCACGAGGCUGAAACCAAAAAUCGAAGACUUGGCUGAGCUCGAGAGCCAAGGGUUGGAAUAUGCCUUUAACGUAAUCCAGAAACCUCCGUCUCCGCGCCCAGCAGAAGUGGGUGGUGGCUCCACUCUCGUCCUCGACAAACCACUGCACGUCUGGCAUGCUACCACGGGAGUUAUCGUUGCUGCGUCCGUGGCGGCCUUUGCAUACUGGUACGGAAGAAAGCGCAAGAGGUGGUGAAAAUAUGGCCUUGUACUUCUUUGAAGAUUCAUUAUUGUAUAAUGCACUUCACCUGUUGUAGCAUUUUGUAUGUCAAGAGAAAAAGCUGAAUACUCUCUGUGCAAUUUACUCUCAUUUGGAAAAGGGCGAAAGUGUUAAAUCCUUAA